AUGGCUGUACCUGAUUUCAAGGACGUUCCUGAUCUUACUGGAACCUGGGUAUUGAACCGAAAGCUGUCAACCGAUCCAGAUGAUGUUUUCGUCUUGCAAGGUGUACCUUGGGUUGUCAGAAAGGUCUUGCGACACGCCCGGCUUUCAUUGCAAAUCAGCCAGACCACUUCUCCGUCCGCUAAAAAUGGCCCAUGGAUGGAGGCAGACUCUAGUGAAGGUUCUGAUAUGGCCGCGGAUGUGAAACCAGUCACAACUCUCCUCGAUGGAAGCCCGCAGGACGUUUCACUGCCUAUCUUCGGAGAUAUCCAGAUGCAGCUCCAAUUUGUGAACAUAUCCGCUAUACUGGAAGAAUCCAUCCGUCAGAUUCUGGAGGUGGCUAGCUUGAGUGACAAGGUCAUUCAGGAAUUAGCCCAGAAUGCGUCAAAGGGAUGGGAAGCGGAAGUGAUUUGGGGAUUUGAAGAGCUCGACGGAAAGAGAUAUUUGACGCGAAACAUUAGCACGACAAAGGAGGAGAAGAAGAUCAUUGCCAAGAUGGUUUACGAUGGUCCAAAUUAG